UCAGGAAGGGAAGCCAGUGUAUUUCCUCCCCUUCUUUAUCUAAAGGAAGUGCCAAAAUAAGCAUCAGCAGCGGAGCGCCCGAGCUCGGACACCUUUUCCACUGGCCACUCGGUUUGAGUCUGAGGAAGAAGACGGAGGGGUUCACGGCCGCAGAAUCAACAUGAAGACUGUCAGGGUUCUUGUCCUCCUUCUGCUUGCAUCUGUCCAUGUCUUCACACCAGUACCCGCAGCACCAACAACACCUAGAGCAGCCCUGACUGCAGCACCAGCACCAGCCCAAACACCGGACCCAAAUGCAGAACCAGCGGUCUCGAGGGUGACCCCAAAGGCGGCAACAGACGGAACCACAGCAGCAGCCACAAAUCCAGCAGCACCAACAGCAGCACCAACGGCAGCACCAACAGCAGCACCAACAGCAACCCAUGUAGCUCCAACAGCUCCUAAUAAUAUCAGCAAAACUCCAGAGAAUGGAAAGACUGAGCCUCCAGCCCCGACAACUGUGAAAGCAGGCCACACGAAUGUGAUCCCUUCAUCUCCAGCUGUUGCCCAAAAAGGCCAUGAAACUUUGCAUCCGAUAAAUGCCACUUCGCACCCAAGAUCUUUUCGCCCUUCCAGCCCAGGAAACCACUCUAGGACAAAGCCCGAAAUAAGUAAGACAAAAGGACCGGACGACAGCACUGAAAAACCAAACACAGGCAAAGGCACAACUGCUCCUGCCCCAGGAACACCAAAAAAUCUGAAUGAGAAGGCUAACGAGAAAGGUGCUGGUUCUCAGACCGGCAGUAACGAGAAAGAACCCCCCAAAUCAGACAAAAGGCUGUGGUGGAUUCUGUUGCCUGCCCUCCUGGCUGCAGCUGCUGCUGCCAUUGUCCUCAAAUUCAAAUGCAAGAAGAUCCACGAUCACACAGAAACCAUCGAUACUGGAACUGAGAACGCAUCUUUCCAGAGCAGGCCCGAAAGCACCAAAGAUGGCGUCAUGCUCCUCGGAGUGAAGUCGUCAGGUGGAGAAGAAAAUGCUGCUGCCAGAUAAAAGAAAAAAAAACAGAAGAAGGGCAGCGACAUCAAGAUCGGCCAGCGGAUGAGUCACACCUGUCGCCCACACACUGAUGGUCUGGAGGAGCUGUUUGUGAAUUUUGUGAAACAUUUUAGGAAGCAGAAAAGUGUUUUUUUUUCUCUCUCUCGUAUGAUUCUAUAUGCUGAAAGUGGUUUUAUAAAGCAGGGUUUGUGACUGUGAUCAUAAAUCUCAGAGAAAGUGAACUUAAUGCAGCGAAUCUCUUUGAACUGAGGCUAAAUACUGCCAGCAGAUAAAUCGCUGCCUGUGGAAUAUAGUAAAUGAAAGCUUCAUCUAUGCACCCUUUAUUUCAGGAUACUGUUGACCAUGAUAAACCUAAGAACAGCUGCAUAGCUCAUUUCUGCCUACAUGCUGGGCCACAAAACACUUUUUCUGUACUGUGCACUGACCUCAGAUCCACCACGUAUUGAUGUAAUAAAUCAUUAUUCAUUUAGUAGUUUUAUAAUUAUCCUUUGGGUGUGAACUAUUUGUAGAUUAUGUUGUUUUGUGUGUGUGUGUGUGUGUGUGUGUGUGUGUGUGUUUGUGUGAUUCGGUGUCACCGAAAGAUGGCAUAAGAACAGGCUCCAUUGAGGUGUAAUCCAUUUGUACCGUUUAUGUGUCUACAAACAUUUUUUAAGCCAGCGCUCUUUCUUUUGCACCACAGUACUGUACGUUCACCAGCAACUUUGUGUGCUCACGUAACUAAACUCAAAGUCAUAUGGACGAUUUGCAUGAAUGCUGUAAGUCAAUUCAAUCCCAAUGCAGAGGGUUGUAUUUAAAGACACUGGAACUGCUUUAUAGCUGGAAUUUGUUGUUCUCAAUUUCCCUAAUAAAUCACAUGAAAAUGG